AUCUCUCCGCCUUCUUUAAUAUCAUACGAACGCCCUUCAUGAAACUGGUCACCACAUGUUCGACGAAAUGCGCAAGCCAAGUCCAUGUGAGUUUCAGUGGUCGAGAGCUCUCGGAAUCCCGCUCUCGUAGUCUCUCGGUAGAGGAAGCACCAGUGGAGGAUUAGGAGGAUGAGCGGAGGAGGAGAGAAAGGCUCGACCACCACGAAAACCCCCGCAGAUUUCCUGAAAUCUAUCCGCGGGAGACCGGUCGUCGUCAAACUGAAUUCUGGUGUCGAUUAUCGAGGUAUUCUGGCCUGCCUGGAUGGAUAUAUGAACAUAGCAAUGGAACAGACAGAAGAGUACGUCAAUGGGCAGCUGAAAAACAAGUAUGGAGAUGCUUUUAUUCGAGGAAAUAAUGUUCUGUACAUCAGCACUUCAAAGAGGACUCUGGCAGAUGGGGCUUAGCAUUGAUUGUGCUUUAUAAUGUGGCAUGGUGGAGUUAUGUGGUCAUAACUUUUGAUGGGUACUUUCUUGGUCGCCGGUUGUUGUUGCUCUAGAAUUGGAGAAAGUGAACACACUCUAAAUUUUAGAGCUGAUAUGUGAUUCUUACUGAUAAUCCUGCAUCUCAAGAAAUUGGUUUGUGAA